AGAGUUCCUUAGAUUCCUUUGAUUGGAAUCCAACCGAUUGAAGUUCUCCCAUAGUUGGCUUCUGGAGUCAUAUUUUCUUGGUCAUGGCUACUUCUGAUAUUCAAGUGAAGGAACUGGAAAAGCGUGCCUCUGGGCAGGCAUUUGAGCUGAUACUCAGUCCCCGCUCAAAAGAAGCAGUUCCAGAAUUCCCUCUUUCUCCCCCAAAGAAGAAGGAUGUGUCAUUGGAAGAGAUUCAGAAGAAGUUGGAAGCAGCAGAAGAGAGACGUAAGUCUCAUGAAGCAGAAGUCUUGAAGCAGCUAGCUGAGAAGCGGGAGCAUGAAAAAGAGGUGCUUCAGAAAGCAAUUGAAGAAAACAACAACUUCAGCAAAAUGGCAGAGGAGAAGCUGACCCAAAUGGAAGCUAACAAAGAAAACCGCGAGGCACAAAUGGCUGCUAAACUGGAACGCUUGAGGGAGAAGGACAAGCAUAUUGAAGAGGUUCGAAAGAACAAAGAAGGCAAAGACCCUGGUGAGGCUGAAACUGACUGACUUCAUUCUGGAAACUGACUCUCUCCCCCUCCUCUAAAUAUCCAAAGACUGUACUGGCCAGUGGUUUUAUCUUUGGUUUUUUUUUUUUAAGUUUCUAGAAACUGAUGUAGAACUGUAAAAUUAGAUCCAAACUGUACACUUUCUUUGGGGGCUAGAGGGGAGACUUUACAUGUUUCACUUUUUCUAAAGUGUUGUCUUUCCAGUGUAGCUAUCUUCUUGUUGCAUCCUUUUCUACUCCAGUGCGCUUGCUACUGGGUUGAUGGCUAGUACUGUAUCAGCUCUGUAAGACGUUUGUGAAAGGAAUAUGUAGAUUACUGUUCCAUGCUGAAUAUCUGUUACACUUCAAAAAUCUGACUCUGUCCCAGUCUGCUAAAAUACUGCUGUAACUGAGUGACUAAAUAAAGCUGCACAGUGCUGUUA